CUUCACUGGACUAACAUUUCCUUGUUUUUCUACUUCAAAAAUAAACUUGAUCUACUAUUAUUACUAUGGAAGUUGCUAUGGAAUUUGAAGAUGACUUGUUUUUUGCAGACCUUAGCAAGCAGAUUUCUCUUCUUAUCAUGGAUGAUGAUGAGGAUCCACUUGUCAAUUACCCUUCUGUUUCUUUUCAGGAUUUUUCAAGAGGGAAUCACCAAAUAGCAGCAUCUUCAUUUCCAUAUGAACAAACAUGCAGAAGAGAAAGCAAAGGAACUGGAGUUUUUAUUCCAAGAUCAUCCCUGCCCAGACGAAAACACAGAUCAAGACAUUCUAAUUCAUUCAAUUCAAAGCCUAAAAGACAACAGCAAGAUCCUGAGAAUACAAAAAUGGCUUCUCAUCAAGUUUCUUACAACAAUUCUUUAUACCCUAAGACAACUGCCUAAUUAAUAAGUCAUUACUAAUAAUUAAUUAAUUAAGGUUGUGUUUAUCAAAUAGUACUAAUUAAUCUUUAAUUAUUGCCAAUAAUGGGGUUAUGUGUGAUCCUUAAGUUGAAAAUGUACAGGGAUCAGCUGUUUGCUCUGUUCCUAGCUUAGCUAGAUAGAGGGUGUGUUGCUAAAUUAAUUAAUGUAAUUGAUUAUUUCAAAUUAUAUUGCAAAUUAAUGUGUAA